GAUAACAAAUUCAGUGAAAGAGCAUGUUAUUUUUCGAUAGUCUAAUUUUACCCCCUUUUUACCUUGAAGCUUUUGUUCGCAAAGAUGCUUUGCCACUGGGAACCUUUUCCAAGUAUACCUGGCAUAUCACGAAUAUCCUGCAAGUUAAACAAAUCUUAGAUACCCCAGAGAUGCCUUUGGAAAUCACCCGGAGUUUUAUCCAGAACCGGGAUGGGACUUAUGAGCUGUUUAAAUGCCCUAAAGUAGAAGUAGAGAGCAUAGCAGAAACCUAUGGUCGUAUAGAAAAGCAACCAGUGCUGCGACCCUUGGAACUAAAAACUUUUCUCAAAGUUGGCAACACUUCCCCAGAUCAAAAGGAGCCAACACCUUUCAUCAUUGAGUGGAUCCCAGAUAUUCUUCCCCAAUCCAAGAUUGGCGAGCUGCGGAUCAAGUUUGAGUAUGGUCAUCACCGCAAUGGGCAUGUGGCGGAGUACCAAGAACAGCGGCCCCCCCUGGACCAGCCCUUGGAACUGGCCCCUCUGACCACCAUCACUUUCCCUUGAGGCAAAACAAGAGUCUUUCGCUGCUAAAUUUGCACAUCCCCACCCUUUGACAACUUUAAAUACUAGUUAGGCACUUAGAUGGCUCUGUUCCUUAGUGAACUACUCUUAGCUAAGAUGCGGUUUCUCAACACAUUCAAGUGGAUUCUGUUGAAGAAAAACUCUUCUUGUACAUAGCCCUUUUGGUGCUGCUGUGUACAGUCGUCAUUAUAAAUUGGGUGGCAUUCCUGGCUAGUUUUUAAAGGAACAAAAAGAAAACCAGCCCACAUACCUUCUCGAAGGACUCACCUUUAGAGUUUGUUUCAACCUUUUCCUAAUUCUCUAAGAAGUUAGCAGCACUCGCCUUACACCAACAGUGUUGGAAAGUUAAUAAUACCCUGGUUAGGGCAGAAUGUUGACGAUCAUCCUGGCAGAAUUCCAGUCAUGCCUUUUUAUUCUCUUCUCAAAGCACAGUGUCACUAGUUUUUCCAAA